CUAACAACUGGUGACACGAGGAAGCGUUUUGCCCGUACGGGAUAUCUCGGUUUUUUGAAGCAAACGCAGUCCAUAACGGCUGAUGGAGAUUUGCAUGACGCAGUGUUUGUUGUGGGUGCAUUGGAUGAGGCACUGAUGUUGCGUGGAAUGAGAUACCAUCCCGUUGAUAUUGAAGCUACUGUUAUACGAGCCCACAGAAAAAUUAUUGAAUGUGCUGUAUUCACUUGGACGCACCUUUUGGUUGUGGUUGCCGAAACAGACAGUGCGGAAACGGAAGCGUUGGAUCUUGUGCCGGCUAUAACAUCGGCUGUUUUGGAAGAACAUCACGUAAUAGUUGGUGUUGUGGUGAUCGUUGAUCCCGGUGUGGUACCAAUCAAUAGCAGAGGAGAAAAGCAACGAAUGCAUUUACGGGACGCUUUUUUGAGAGAUCUUCUUGAUCCGAUUUAUGUUGCUUAUAAUAUGUAG